AUGAAGGUCAUUAAUGCAGUGCGCCAUCUUCCCCGGAGCGAUGCAACGUACUCCGAGCCGGGUAAGGGCGUCAAGGGGCUCGGCAAGAGGGAAGUUUCCAAGCUUCGUGUCGCCUGUGCGUUCAUGGCUCGCGGGCUGAAGCCGGAAAAGUGGGUCGCCGAGCUGUUCCCGGACACCUGGAAGGAGCAGAUGAAGAUGACGUUGGCCGACAUGGCCUGGGAGGACGUUGUGCAGCUUCCCCCGACCAAGACGUCGACCAAGCGCAAGAAGACCACGUAA